UUAUUCAUGCUACCUGUUUAGUCCUCGUCCUCAGAUUAUAUUCCCAGAAAAAAACAAAACGUCUUAAAUUUCUCCCAGGAAUAUCAAAAUGAUGAUAACAACUUAUCAAACACCACCAUCAUCAUCAUCAUCACCGGUCGUUUCCUUCUUAUUCACUGGUACGUUUACUUAUGUCCAUUUAAAUUUUGAUUUAACACAGAAAAUCAUUUGGGUGACAAAAAGAUUGAACACAAGUCGGAUUGAAAAAUCAAGAGGAAUCGAGCAAUGGCAGAUUCCGACAUGAGGGUACCAAUUGUUAAGUCGUCUUUAGUUGUGGAGGCUAUGCACAUGUCAAGAAAGAAACUUGGUGUGUACGAUGAGAGCAGAGGAGAUUCAGAGACUGCAAAAGCUAGAGCAGAAGCGGGAUUGUUCGAGGUAAAGAAGUCGGGAUUACUUAUAGAGAUGUUGAACCGUGGUCCGGAGUUUAAGGAAAAAGAUAUGGAAGUGUCGAAGAUCGAGGAGAAGUACGCGGAAGUUAUGAGAGUUUUGGAGGCUGUGAAAGAAGAAGUGAGUAGAGUGAAGCUUGAUGUAUCAUCUGUUUUGGGAGAGAGAAUUGCAGCGGAGAAAGAAGUGGAAGAAUUGCGGUUUAAAACGGAAGGGAAUUUGAGAUUGUUGGAGAGUCUUAAGAAGGAAAUCGAGGUUGCGAAUGAGGAACAUUUGAUGGCUGCAUUGGGAAAGAUUGAGGCGUUGAAGGGAUAUAAAGAGAUAGAAAGGCAAAGAGAAGGGAAAGCUGUUGAGGUUUUGGAUUUGUUGGUGGAAAGAAAUAAGAGAAUCAAGAAAAUGUUGGACGAGGCGGAAAGAUCCAAAGAUAUUGAGAAUGAGUUGUUCGAGACGAAUUCGGAUGUUGAGAUGUUGGAAAUACAGUUAAAGCUUUUCAAGAAAAUUGAGAGGAGAGUUCAGGGGAGAGACAGUAGCAUGUCGAGAUCAAACCGGUCUUUUGGAAGAGGGAAGUAUAGUUUAUCGGUGCUGAAAGAAGUGACUGAAGCGACUGAAGCGAAAAAGGAGGAGCUUGUUUCUGUUAAUGUAGAAAUCUUUAGGAUCAUGACGGUAAUGGAUGGGUUGAGGGAUGAGAUUAUUCGAGCCAAAGAUGAAACAGCUCGACUUGAAAAAAUCUUGAGGAAAAAUGAUGUUAAGAUUCAGAAGAUUAACUCGAAGAUGCUUAUCGAAAGAUCGAAGUUGGAAGCAGUUUCUAUAGCAGAAGAAAGAAUUAGCUCGCUUGCUGACAAUUUAGUUGGUUCGCUUGAGAAGUUAAAGAGAAGUAGCAAAGCUGCAGAGAAAGAGGAGUUUUUUCUCAAAGAAGAGAAGAUGGUUACAAAGGCGGAAACACAGAAAACCAAAAUCGAAAUAGAUAAAAAAGAAAGAGAACUGAUUUCAAAGUUGGAUGAGCUUGAAAAAGUGAAGCACACUGAGGCUUUAGUGCUUGAGAAGCUUGAGACUCUAGUAGAAGACACGAUAGAGAGUCGCGAAAUGGAGUCCGAGCAUUGUUCAACAAUAACAAUCUCGAGGUUUGAGUACGAGUAUUUGAGUAAACAUGCUUCUCAAGCAGAAGAAACCGCAGUGAAGAAAGUUGCAGCAGCAGAGGCGUGGGUGGAAGCACUCAAGGUUAGCACCAAAUCGGUUCUUCUGAAGUCGGAUACUUUGAUGAGAGAAAGUGAAAUGAUGAGAGCGGAAGAAGAGAAAGAAUUGUUUAGGAUAGAAAGGUCGUUGUCGACGAAGAGAUUGAUGGAGGGUGAGAUUCAGAAGUUUAAGGAGAACUCGGAAACCGAAGGCUAUAUUUCUCCCAAACCAGUUGGAAAAUUCACACCGGUACAACGUGGGAAGCCAAGAAGAUAUUCAUCUGCAGGGACUCCGACUUUCUUUGUAAUCAAGAAGAAAAAGAAAGUUCCACGCUUGGCCAAGUUUUUCAGUCGAAAAAGUUAAAAAAACUCAAACCAUUUAAGAAUUGUUAGAAUCUUUAAGGAGUCUAAAUUCUAUGAAAUGAUUCACAUUCUUGUUCUUGUUCAUGGUUGUGCAUGAUCAUAUUAUACAUGGAGUAGACUCAUCCUAGCGGUAACAAAAAAUAAAUAUAGCAUAUGAUUGGUAACCAUUGUUUUGAUUAGCUACCAACAUUUAUUUGUAUGUUGCUGAUCCUUAUGAAGACACUAGGUCUGUUCUGUCAUGAAA